AUGCGUGCUCCAGCCCGGAGAGAGAUAGUUAAGUGGAUCCUUGCGGCGUGGGAUGGCUUGGACAAAACAAUGAUUAUCAAUUCAUUCAAGAGCUGCGCGCUAACCGUUGCAGUGGAUGGAUCAGAGGACGGACACAUUCACUGCUUCAAGGAAAAUCAGCCCUGCCGUGCAGGUCUACAAUGGCUCAAAGUUGUUCAACAAGUCAUGAGCAAUUUACGCGACAAGGAUCCUUUCGACGGGAUCACAGAAUCUGACGUCGAGGAUGCGACACCAGGUAGCUUGAUAAUCGAUGCAAGUGACACUGAAGUCAUCGACAUCGAAUACGGUAGAUAA